AUGUAUCGAGCAUUAUCAUUACUUUGUUUAGCGUUAUUUAUUCAAAAUAGUUUUGGUGCGUUUGAAGACAGGCCCACGUACGGUUAUCACCUGAGGUAUGGAGUUCCGAAGGCAUGGAAACUGAAAACGGCUGAGAGUGUUAGGAUUAUUGGUGGCAGUCCAGUGAAAACAGCUGAUUUAAUACCUCACCAGGCUGGGAUAAUAACCACACUAACAACAGGAUGGACGUCCAUAUGUGGUGGAAGUCUUAUCUCCACAACCCGGGUUCUCACAGCCGCCCAUUGCUGGUUCGACGGCCAGAGCCAGGCGAGACUCUUCACUGUGAUACUAGGCUCUCUUACCAUCUUCUCAGGAGGGACAAGGAUAGAGACUACCAAUGUUAGGGUUCAUCCGGAAUGGCGAACGAAUAUGUUGCAUGAUAUUGCCGUGGUUGUCAUAAGACAAGUUACGUUAACCAACAACAUAAAACUGAUUUCUUUACCGACCGCAAGUGAGGCGAAUUUGAACUUUGUAGGUGUGACAGGAACGAUCUCAGGAUUUGGCAAAACUAGUAAUGCUCAAGCCAGUUUCCCACCAACAACUGCGCUUCACCAUACGACUGUCACUGUAAUUACAAACGAGAUCUGUCAAAGGAACUUCCCAAUAAAGAUUGAGAGCAGUCAUAUCUGCACCGGUGGAGAUAAUGGUAGGGGGUCCUGCGAUGGGGACUCCGGUGGACCUUUGACUGUGACUCAAAACGGCAGAAACAUAUUGGUGGGCGUAGUAUCCUUCGGUCACUCUGAUGGUUGUGAAGCUCGUAGGCCGUCAGUCUUCACAAGGGUUGCAUCUUACAUUAGUUGGAUACAUUUUGGUGCGUUUGAAGACAGGCCUACGUAUGGUUACCAUCUGAGGUAUGGAGUUUCGAAGGCAUGGCAAAUGAAAAUGGCUGAGGGUCUUAGGGUUAUUGGCGGCAGUCCGGUGAACACUGCUGCUGCAAUACCUCACCAGGCUGGAAUAAUAACCACAUUAAUAACAGGAUGGACCUCCAUUUGCGGUGGAAGCCUUAUCUCUACAACCCGAAUUCUCACAGCUGCCCACUGCUGGUGGGACGGGCAGAGCCAGGCGAGACUCUUUACUGUGGUACUCGGUUCUCUUACCAUCUUCUCAGGAGGGACAAGGAUAGAGACUUCCAAUGUAAGGGUUCACCCGGAAUGGCGAACGAAUAUGUUGCAUGAUAUUGCCGUGGUUAUCAUAAGACAAGUCACAAUAAGUAAUAAUAUACAAACGAUUCCUUUGCCGACCAUAAAUGAGGUUAAUUUAAGUUUUGUGGGUGCGACAGGCACGAUCUCAGGGUUUGGCAAAACUAGUGAUGCCCAAAGCGGUUUCCCACCAACAACUGCGCUUCACCAUACGACUGUCACUGUAAUCGCUAAUGAGAUCUGCCAAAGAAACUUCCCAAUACUGAUUCAUGGCAGUCACAUUUGCACCGGUGGAGAAAACGGUAGGGGGUCCUGCGAUGGGGACUCCGGUGGACCUUUGACGGUGAUUCACAACCACAGAAGUAUAUUGGUGGGCGUUGUGUCAUUCGGUCACUCUGAUGGUUGCGAAGCUCGAAGGCCGUCAGUCUUCACAAGGGUUUCUGCUUACAUUGGUUGGAUACAGUCACUAUUGUAA